AUGGCUGAAUGGGCAGAAUGUAAAGCUUGCUCGACGACAGCAGAACCAGGCAGUUGUGAAACCGUUGAAGUUGCGGCAGGAGUGACCACUGGAGCUUCAAUAACCUCACCGGAUAGCUCUGGUUGCGAGAGUGGUGUUAGGCGUCGAGUUACUUCUGCUGUUACGGUCGACACAAUUUGCUCGAGUAUCGCAGGCGAAAUGGCUGAACUUGGUCCCGUUGAUGUUGUAGCGAAAUUGACGGGAGCCACUGCAGGUAGUGUGGUUGUCGAGGCAGCACUACUGGGGCUGUUGGUGACGAGCGCUGUAGCGGCGGUGGCUGAUGCUGACGAACGACUCCUCCGAGGGCGCCGAGAAGGCGGUUGA